AUGGUAAGACUGAUAGUUGUGCUUUUCAUAAUUAAAGAAGUGGAAUGCCUCAAAAUGCUUUAUGCCUCAAAAGUCCUUCUUUCAGAUGGCGCGCAGUUAGGGUCGCCUCCUCGCUAUUUACAACGGGAUCUGAAAUCGGAUCGGGCUCAUCAAUUACAGGUGUUACCACUUCGUGACUCAGCUGCCGCUGUUGCUGGGUCAAAGAACGGCACUUUCAAGGGUAAAUGCUAUGCAAGAAAUUGGUAA